UCUAUUCUGCCGUGUCGCGGCCGCCGCCGUUGGGAGAGCUGAUCGCAGGGGACCUCCGGGGUGGUGUGGUAGCGGCAGCCAGUGAGGUGGGGGAGAGCGGGAUGGAGGAGAAGGUCUUCACCAAGGAGCUCGACCAGUGGGUGGAGCAGCUCAACGAGUGCAAGCAGCUGUCCGAGGGGCAGGUGAAGAGCCUCUGCGAGAAGGCUAAAGAAAUUUUGACAAAAGAAUCUAAUGUGCAGGAAGUCCGAUGUCCAGUCACAGUCUGCGGAGAUGUCCACGGCCAGUUUCACGACCUCAUGGAACUGUUCAGAAUUGGAGGCAAAUCACCAGACACAAACUAUUUGUUUAUGGGGGACUAUGUUGACAGAGGUUAUUAUUCAGUCGAAACAGUCACGUUGCUUGUAGCUCUUAAGGUCCGUUACCGUGAGCGUAUCACGAUUCUCCGAGGGAACCACGAAAGCAGGCAAAUCACACAAGUAUAUGGCUUCUAUGAUGAAUGUUUAAGAAAAUAUGGAAAUGCAAAUGUUUGGAAAUACUUCACAGACCUUUUUGAUUACCUGCCUCUAACUGCCUUGGUGGAUGGCCAGAUUUUCUGUCUACAUGGUGGCCUCUCUCCAUCGAUAGAUACACUGGAUCACAUCAGAGCACUUGAUCGCUUGCAGGAAGUUCCCCAUGAGGGUCCCAUGUGUGACUUGCUAUGGUCAGAUCCCGAUGAUCGUGGUGGCUGGGGCAUUUCUCCUCGAGGUGCAGGCUAUACAUUUGGACAGGAUAUUUCAGAAACCUUUAACCAUGCUAAUGGCCUUACAUUGGUUUCCAGAGCUCAUCAGUUGGUAAUGGAGGGGUACAACUGGUGCCAUGACCGGAAUGUAGUAACAAUUUUCAGUGCUCCAAACUAUUGUUACCGCUGUGGCAAUCAGGCUGCAAUAAUGGAACUUGAUGAUACUCUAAAAUACUCCUUCUUGCAGUUUGACCCGGCACCGCGCAGAGGGGAGCCGCACGUCACCCGGCGCACCCCAGACUACUUCCUGUGAGGAGCUGCCAGGUCUGUGGAGCAUCACCGAGAGCCACGUCUGGAGCUGGGGAGAGGACGGGCAGAGCAACAGUAACUCCAAAGUGUCAGAAAAACACCUAACGUUCAAACUUGUUUUUCACAUGGACCAAAAGACGUGCCAUACAAACACAGAGCCUCUUGUCGUCGACAACUGUGACCACUUAGAAUGAACCAGUCCAUUGCAUGCUGAGCGCCACUGUUGGCUGGGAGCCCCUUUCUGGCAUCGCGCUGUUUGUAGUUACUUUUGCUUUCUCUGAGAGACUGCAGAUGAUAAGAUGUAGACAUUAACACCUCAUGAAUACAUUUAACUUCCCAUUUAGCUAUAGCUUUAUUCAGCAUGACUGUAGAUAAGGGUAGCAGCAAACAAUCAUUGAAGCUUAAACAUUUUUGAAAUAAGUACCAAGGCCUCAUCUUUGUUCUGAAGCUGUUUUAUUUUCAGGGAUACUGUUUAAUUUAAUUGUAUGGAUUUUUUUUUUAAAUUUUGGGUUUGUUUGUUUGUUUUUCUUUCUGGUCUGCACUCAGUUCCCUUUUCCACUCUCUGCCCUACCAUAUUGUCCCUUGUAAUUGUCCAAGGAUAGUGAAUUACUUUGAACAGAACUUUUUUUUUCUGUAAAACAAUGUUGCUGCAGGACAGAGCUGCAGUGUUUUUCAUAAUAAACUUGUGAACUGAGUAUGGAAAACCCCGUCAGAUCCUAAUUGCAUCUCACGUCAGCUUGUUUCACAAACUCACUUGGAGCUGGAUGGGCUUUAGAAACUUGAAUAUAAAUUUCCACCUUAAAUAACGAAAACUGAGAUGAUUGCAAAAACUCUGCCCUUUUGAAUUCUGUCCCUGGGAGGUGCCUGGUCAGAGAACAGAGCUCGCUUAGCACUGCUGUGUUGGCCUCUUUCCCUCUUGGUGCUCUACUGAAGAACUCAAAAGGGAGGCAUCCCGGGGCACUUCACUGAUGGAGCAUGGCUGUUUUCAAGUGUGAAGUUGUCUGAGCCAUUUACAAUGUGGGUGUUAAUACUGAACAUGAUUUUCUGAAAA